AUGCGGCUUCAUUCAAAGCCAUACUCGUAUGAGACGGAAAUUCGCUCUUCUGACGGCAAAAGUCGUCCCCUGCACAUUUCUCAAGUGCGACGUCUUGGUUCCUUGCUACAACUUGCACGCAAAAGUCACGACUUCGAUGGUCGCAUAGUUUAUGCAUUUCCGCUUCCUGCUUCAUUGGUUGAUGUUUUGCUUGCGCUGAUUGACAAACAAGCGGUUCUCAUUGCAGCGUUGGCCUCGUUCAGCAACUAUGAUGCAUAUAUUCUUAUUGAAAACUUCAAGAAAAUGGGCAUUCAGCCAGUAUGGAUGUUCAAGCUUCUUGAUGCCUAUUUUACUCGGUGUAGUGAUAAGGAUUGUGUCGCUUUUUGGAGAGUUGCUAAAGAGUUUAACUACGCGAUUGGAGAGAAAUUGGUUUUUCGUCGCCUACUCUAUACGGUUGUGCCACAAGUCUUAUCUAAUACGAUUCAUGAGAGUUUCUUGGAUAUUUCUGCGGAUAAUUUAAUCGAGCUGCUAAAAGAUGACAAAUUGAAUGUUGAUGGAGCUGAAUCAAAGUUAAUUGAAGUGAUCGAUAUGUGGGUUCAAGCAGACGUUGAAAAUCGUGCGGCUGCCAGGCCACUUUUGCUGUCUUACGUACGAAAGCAAGGCCUUCAAGACAUAAUAGAAAAGACUGUGGACAUGUCGCGUGACGAGUCGCUUCUCAACACCACAUUGCCGCCUCGGGAGCCCCGUGAUAGACUACUCUACAUUGGUGGCUGGAAUAUCCACUCAGCUUCAACCAAGCAAUACUUCUUUGAAAAAUUCUCGAGUGAGUGGCGACUUGCAGCAAUUCCAAAACUUCCAUUGAAGCUCUGCGGUUUCGUUUCGGUCACACUUGGAUCGGUGGGUUUUAGUUUCGUAAAA